AUCCAAAAAAGUGCAGAGAAAAAAAAAAGAAGCCGUCGUGAUCGGCAGAGUCCAGCGUCCGCGUCACCACCAUUAUCAUCGCCCUCUCUUAUCUCAUCGUGAUUCCCAAUGCAAUCUUCUUCCUUUUUUAUUUUAUUUUUAUAAAAUUCCACCAUUUAUUAUGUUUUGUUUACCGAGUAAAUAAAGUUCUCUGCUUCACGUUUCCUCUUGCUUCUCUGUUUCCUUCUCUGACCUCCUACCCAACUCCCUCGCUCAGCUAAACACACACAUACAAUCAUCUCCCAAUGGAUAUAAGUAACGAGGCCAAUGUUGAUCCCUUUUCGAUCGGACCAACAUCCAUCCUCGGUCGAACCAUCGCCUUCAGAGUCCUCUUCUGCAAAUCUAUGAUACAGCUCAGACACGAUCUCUUUCGGUUCUUACUGCACUGGUUCCUCACACUCAAGCUCGCCGUUUCGCCCUUCGUGUCCUGGUUCCACCCCCGUAACCCGCAAGGGAUCUUAGCCGUCGUCACGAUCAUCGCCUUCGUGCUGAAACGUUACACGAACGUGAAGGCUAAGGCGGAGAUGGCGUACAGGAGGAAGUUCUGGAGGAACAUGAUGCGCACUGCUCUGACUUACGAGGAGUGGGCUCACGCUGCUAAGAUGCUAGAGAAAGAGACUCCAAAACUGAACGAAUCUGAUCUCUACGAUGAAGAGUUGGUCAAGAACAAGCUUUGUGAGCUUCGUCAUCGUCGCCAAGAAGGUUCUCUCAGAGACAUUAUGUUCUGUAUGAGAGCUGAUCUCGUGAGGAACCUCGGGAACAUGUGUAACCCUGAGCUCCACAAAGGCAGGCUUCAGGUUCCUAGACAUAUAAAAGAGUACAUCGACGAGGUCUCUACUCAGCUGAGAAUGGUGUGUAACAACUCUGACUCUUUAGAAGAGCUUUCUCUAGAGGAGAAGCUUUCCUUCAUGCACGAGACGCGUCACGCCUUCGGUAGAACGGCUCUGCUUCUCAGCGGCGGGGCUUCUCUCGGUGCGUUUCACGUCGGUGUGGUUAGGACUUUGGUCGAGCAUAAGCUCUUGCCUCGGAUCAUCGCUGGCUCCAGCGUCGGCUCCAUAAUCUGCUCGGUCGUAGCCUCGAGAUCCUGGCCAGAGCUGCAGAGCUUCUUCGAGAACUCUCUGCACUCUCUCCAGUUCUUCGAUCAGCUAGGAAGCGUUUUCACGAUCGUGAAACGUGUCAUGACGCAAGGAGCGUUACACGACAUCAGACAGCUCCAGUGCAUGCUUAGAAACCUCACCUGCAACCUCACGUUCCAAGAGGCUUACGAUCUAACGGGGAGGGUACUCGGGAUAACGGUCUGCUCGCCGAGAAAGCACGAGCCUCCUCGGUGUCUUAACUAUCUGACUUCUCCUCACGUGGUGAUAUGGAGCGCGGUGACUGCUUCUUGCGCUUUUCCUGGUCUCUUCGAAGCUCAGGAGCUAAUGGCUAAAGAUAGAAGCGGAGAGAUCGUGCCGUAUCAUCCGCCUUUUAAUCUGGAUCCAGAGGAAGGUACUACUAAAUCAUCAUCUACACGCAGGUGGAGAGAUGGGAGUUUGGAGGUUGAUUUGCCUAUGAUGCAGCUUAAGGAGCUCUUCAAUGUCAAUCAUUUUAUCGUGAGUCAAGCUAAUCCUCACAUUGCUCCGUUGCUGCGUCUAAAGGAUUUAAUUCGAGCUUAUGGUGGUAGAUUCGCUGCCAAGCUUGCGCAUCUAGUGGAGAUGGAGGUGAAACAUAGAUGCAACCAGGUGUUAGAGCUUGGUUUCCCACUAGGUGGACUCGCGAAGCUGUUUGCUCAGGAGUGGGAAGGUGAUGUAACGGUUGUGAUGCCUGCUACUCUUGCUCAGUACUCUAAGAUCAUACAGAACCCUACUCACGUGGAGCUUCAGAAAGCGGCUAACCAAGGAAGGAGAUGCACUUGGGAGAAGCUUUCGGCGAUCAAAGCGAACUGCGGGAUCGAGCUCGCGCUUGACGAGUGUGUAGCCAUUCUAAACCAUAUGCGUAGGCUCAAGAGAAGCGCCGAGAGAGCAGCUUCUUCUUCGUCGUCUCAUCAUGGAUUAGCUUCGACGACGAGGUUCAAUGCUUCUAGGAGAAUCCCGUCUUGGAACGUCAUUGCUAGAGAGAACUCAACUGGCUCACUCGAUGACCUAGUUACUGACAAUAGUAAUCUUCACGCGUCUUCGGGGAGGAACUUGAGUGAUAGUGAGACAGAGAGCGGGGAGUUGAGUUCUUGGACGAGGACUGGUGGACCGUUGAUGAGAACAGCUUCUGCUAAUCUGUUCACUGACUUCGUUCACGGUCUUGACGUCGACAUUGCGUUGGCAAGAGGGUUUACUAGCAGCAGCCCCAAUUCUCCAGCGGUUCCUGGCCCGGUUAGUCCGAGCUUUAGUCCGAGGUCGAGAUCCGUGGCGGCUCAAUCCGAGAGCGAAGGUGACAAGAGGGAAACUAGCAGCGUUCUUGGAGGAGCGAACGGUUCGAGGAUAACGGUUACUGAAGGUGAUCUUCUGCAGCCUGAGAGAACGAGUAAUGGUUUUGUGUUGAACGUUGUUAGAAGAGAGGACUUGGGAAUGAGUGUCGGGAAUGAGAUGCCGGAGAGUGUACAGCUUGAUAUACAUGAGAGGGAGAUGGAUAAUAGCUCUGUUUCAGAACAUGACCAAGAAGAUGAUAAUGAUGAUGAUGAUGAUGAAGAAGAACAUGAGGGCUCAGUUCCGGUUACCGUUUCUUCAAAAGAUUCUGGUUUACACGAACCGAUGUCUGAUACUGUUAUAGAUGCUUAGACUGAUUGAUCCGAGUGAAGAGAUUGUCAACUGAUUGAAGUUAGAUUCUUGUUCAAGGAGAGUUUAUAAAGUUAUAAUGCUUUGUAAAUAGAAUAACUAUAAGCCAUAAGGUUUGUGUUGUGUGUAUGUUUUGCAUUGAUUAUUGUUUUAAAUUUCACUUAUUCAUUUGUGGAAAAUAUCUGUAAAAUAAUUUAUCAAUUUAGUUGAUUUUUUAAAUUA